CAAUCUGUCCAAUGCACUUUUCAUCGAUUUGUCGAUUUCCCUUCGCCGAGUCGCGUUUCGCGACGUGUGUGUGCGAUUUCAGUCGUUUUCAUUCAACUGAUCGGAACGGAGGUGCUUCGCAUUUCACCCUAGGAGUUUACCAUUUUUAUUUUCUUUGCGUUUUUAGUUGAAUUCCAUUAGACAAGCGUGGAAAUUGUGACACGGAACACUUCCACAGUAUUUCCAAAUAUAGACACCCUUCUUGUGUGUGAUUUUUCUUGGUGCAAGAAGUCUGGAAUAGAGAGAGAGAAAGAAAGAAGAAUUCCUGCACACACAGUCUCGUGGCUCAGCAGCGCUUUUCCGCGCGAGUGCGUUUCGAGAAAAGCCCGUCGUCACUUCCUCGAAGGGCAGUGUGGCACCCGUGGCGGGGGAAAUCCGCGAAAAUCGGCCAGAGAGACUGCGGAAAAGGGGGCGUGUGGAUUUAUUUUUGAAGUGGAAUCGCGCAGUGGCGGCGAUUGAACUUUGUACUGCGACGUUCAUGUGUGUGCGUGCGGAUUUGUCAGUGGCUGAAGAGUUGUUGCUGUUCAUGUGAGGUGUGAGCAGAGAGGCGAUAAAGAGAACACUUCAUUUUAUCAUUUGCCUUCCCGCAUUUCAAUCCGGGAGGUUUUGUUGGCCAACGAGUGACAAGUGAAAGAGAGUUAGAAAGAUUUUUAGUGUUUUGAAACUCAGUGAUUAACACCAGCAAGAAUGGCGGAAGCACAUUCGGCCGUUGCCUUUUCCUUCUCCAUCACUCACGAGGGCUUCGACAUCAACUAUGACCAGGAGGUGUUGAAUCUCGUCUGGCAAUCUGGUGUGCGAUCGUGGAAGAAGAGAAUUGCGAGAUUUCGCAAUGGCUUGCGAAAUGGAAUUUAUCCGGCACAUUUGCAGAGUCUGUGGCUGGUCAUAGCCAUUGCCGUGGCGUUGCAUUUCUCUGGCAAACGAGUUCCGUUUGAUAUGGUGAACAACAUUAGGCCAAUAUUGCCGGGUGAUUCUGCUGUGUGGCAAUUAGUGGCCUGCAGUCUCACUGGCCUGGUGUUUUGGCUCUCAAUUUGCUACACCAUGAGAUACUCACUCAAGUUAUUGCUCAUGUACAAAGGAUGGAUGUAUGAGGCACGCGGCAAGGGGAAAUCCGUGUCUGCAAAGACCAAAUUGUGGGCAGCGAUCGUGAAGGUGCUGUCAACGUGGAACAAGCCGGGCUUGUACAGCUUCCAGGGAUCCCUGCCGCGCCUGCCAUUGCCUUCGGUGCACGACACCAUGACACGGUACCUGAGAUCCGUUCGUCCGCUGCUGGAUGAUGACAACUACAGCCGGAUGACGCAGCUGGCGAAGGAGUUUGAGAGUGGAAUUGGACGGAAGCUGCAGCGCUACUUGACGCUGAAGAGCUGGUGGAGCACAAACUACGUGUCGGAUUGGUGGGAGGAGUAUGUUUAUCUGCGUGGACGCAGUGGUUUGAUGGUGAACAGCAAUUUCUACGGCAUUGAUGCCAUUUUCACGAAUUUAACCACGAAUCAGGCUGCUCGGGCGGCCAAUAUCACGCAUCUGCUGCUCAAUUUUAGACGCAUCGUUGAGCGACAGGAGCUGGAGCCGAUCCUCGUGCAGGGUCUCGUGCCGCUGUGCUCGUGGCAGUACGAGAGGAUCUUCAACACUGUGCGUGUGCCGGGAAUUGAGACGGAUAAGAUUGUUCACUAUCAGGACUCCAAUCAUAUUGUUGUUCUGCACAAGGGAUGCUAUCACAAAGUCAUCAUUUACCAUCGUGGACGAUUGCUCAGACCUUGUGAGAUUCAAAUACAAAUGGAGCAGAUCCUGAAGAGCGACUGCACGCCAUCGCCUGGUGAGGAAUUGUUGGCUUCACUCACGGCUGGAGAUCGUACAAAGUGGGCUGAAGUGCGCUUGAGUCAAUUCUCAAAGGGUGUCAAUAAGCAGUCGCUGUACAUCAUCGAGAGUGCCGCUUUCAUUGUGGCUCUCGAUGAUCAAGACUAUGAGUUUGAUGUGAAGAAUCCUGCUAAAUUGGAUCACUAUGGAAGGACACUUUUGCACGGAAAUGGUCACGAUCGGUGGUUCGAUAAGAGUUUCAAUGUUUGCGUUGGGAGGAAUGGAAGGGUUGGCUUUAAUGCUGAACACACGUGGGCGGAUGCUGCUGUUCUGUCACACAUGUGGGAACAUUACAUUGUGGAGGAAAAAUUAUCGAAUCGGGCUGAUGCUCCUAUUAAGGGUCAUGUUUGGGAGUCUGUCGCUGGGCGCGAAAUAAAACUUCGAUAUGCCGAGGAUGGAAGUUGCCUGGGAACGGCAGAAUUUCAACCACCGACACCAACGAGAUUGGCGUGGGACUUAAAGAAUCCUGUUUGCUUAACAGCCAUCGAAGAGGCGCACGAAGCGGCGCAAUUAGUAUUAAACGAUCUCGACCUGAAAGUGUACAUGCACAAUGCUUAUGGGAAGGGAUUCAUGAAGACUUGUCGCGUGUCACCGGACGCGUAUAUCCAGAUGGCACUGCAGCUGGCGUACUUCCGCGAUGCGGGACGCUUCAGUCUCACGUACGAGGCGUCGAUGACGCGUCUGUUCCGCGAGGGACGCACGGAGACUGUGCGUCCGUGCACGAUUGAGUCGGCGGCGUUCGUGCGUGCCAUCGAUCAGAAGCCCAAGUGGAAUGCCGAGGAGUGCGCCAAGUUGAUGCAGAAGGCGUGCUCGCGCCACCAGCUGGCGUAUCAGGACGCCAUGUGUGGCAAGGGCAUCGAUCGCCACCUGUUCUGUCUGUACGUGGUGUCCAAGUACCUGGAGGUGGAGUCGCCCUUCCUCAAGGAGGUCCUCAGCGAGCCGUGGCGCUUGUCCACCAGCCAGACGCCUCACGGUCAGACCACAAUGUUCGACUUCGCCAAGAAUCCCGAAUACAUCAGCGCCGGCGGUGGAUUUGGCCCGGUGGCCGAUGAUGGCUAUGGCGUGUCCUACAUCGUGGCUGGUGAGGACUUGAUCUUCUUCCACAUAUCGGCGAAGAAGAGCUGCAACUUGACGGACGCCAGUCGCUUUGCUGAGCGCAUUGGUCAGGCUUUGGCGGACAUCAGGAGUGUUUUUGAGGAGUACAAAAGCCUUUCGAGCAACGGAACAGCCCACAAGGCCUCCAAUGGCGUUGCCAAUCACAAUUGAGGCGAGAGACUUGCAGAGGAAAUCACACACAGAGACACACACGAAAGAGAACUUCUCCGUGGUCAGGAGAAGAGUCACAAAUCAUCGUUCUUUCACUUCCUCUCUUCAUAUUCAGUGAGAGCAGAAUCGAGCGAAUGGAGUGAAUUUUACUUUAUUUAUUGAGAAAGAAAGAUUAGAGAGAAUUAGUUUUUAAGGGAGAGAAAGUGUGGGAAAAAAUCAAAUUUAUUAGGCCCUUUAUUUUUUUAGGAAAUUCUCUAUUAAUGACUUUUAUAGUCUAAUUAUUUUUUUUGUAGUGAAAGAGAAAUUUUUCGGUUGUUUUCCUUUUUACACUUAUUGUUUUAUUUUUUGUAUAAUGAUUUUAAAAUGUUACAGAUUAUUGUCACUAUUACUGUGCUAAUUUAGGACAAGAUUUAUAUAUUAAUUAUUUUGAAAGAAAUCGUCGUAAGGAAACUGUGAAAGUGAGAAGAAGAAGAUGAUUUAUAAGACAUUAUAUUGUAUAUGAACAAAAAGUGAUGAGAAAGACACUUUCUUGUCUCAUUCCAAAUGCAUCAUAAAAAGGAGAAGAAAAUUGAUUAAAAUCAUCCACUAAAGAAAAAAAAAGUGCAGGACAAUCUUCUUUUGCGAAUGAAAAAAAAAUGUGUCCAACGAAAAGACACCGAGAAUUUAAAGAAAGAAAGAAAAAGCUGAAAAAGGGCAUAAAUUCUGUAAAUAUCUAUUUAAAAUAGUUGUCAUUCUUUUUUUUUUGGUAGCGGAACUUCGUUGUAAUAUGUUUCAGUAGAAUGAUGAGAAAAUCUGUUUCUAAAUAACAUCUUAUUAGUUUCUAGGGCAGAAAUCAAUGCAAAACUCUAAUACUUGAUUAAACUUCAACGGAAUGUGAUUGAAAAACUAUUGCAAAUAAAUUAUCGAAAUCUACAAAA